CUCCACGUGUCAUCUGCCAAUAAGAUCCACCCAUCAGCAAAAUUCAUCGGUCGUUCGUCGCUGACUAUCACAAUUCCGAACACCAAAUUUCGAAUUUCUGCCACUUGCUUUGUGAUCUGAUCGUUCGAAAUUGACCGGAGAAUUCUUCUGUGUUCUUAGAUCUGUCGCGAAUUUGUUAAAGCUCCUCAGAAGGUUUUGGUUACAGAUCUUCUCUGUGGUCUUCACCACUAUGGCCGCUCCGUUUUUUUCAACUCCAUUUCAGCCUUAUGUCUACCAGAGUCAACAAGAUACUAUUACACCGUUCCAGAUUUUGGGUGGUGAAUCCCAAGUUGUUCAGAUAAUGUUAAAGUCAGAGGAGAAAGUCAUUGCUAAGCCUGCUUCCAUGUGCUACAUGUCUGGCUCCAUCGAGAUGGAAAAUACAUACACUCCUGAACAAGAAGUUGGAGUUCUGCAGUGGAUUUUGGGCAAGAGUGUAAGCAGUGUUGUUCUUCGGAAUACUGGGCAAAACGACGGGUUUGUUGGUAUUGCUGCACCUUAUUUGGCUAGGAUUCUCCCGAUUGAUUUGGCAAUGUUUGGAGGUGAGAUCUUAUGCCAGCCAGAUGCAUUCCUUUGUUCUGUCCAUGAUGUGAAGGUUGUCAACUCCGUUGACCAGAGAGCAAGAAACAUUGUUGCCGCUGGUGCAGAGGGAUUUCUGAGACAACGCCUAUCUGGACAAGGUCUUGCUUUCAUCCUCGCAGGUGGCUCUGUUGUACAAAAAGUUCUGGAGGUAGGAGAAGUUUUCUCCAUUGACGUUUCCUGUAUUGCUGCUCUCACACCCUCUAUCGAUGUCCGAAUCAAAAACAAUGCUCCUUUUAGACGAGCACUAUUCGGGGGUGAUAACGUAGUAAUGGCGACUCUAACGGGGCCUGGCAUUGUCUUCAUUCAAAGCUUACCGUUUCAUCGGCUCUCGCAGCGUAUUGCAAGGUCGGUAACGUCGCCAAACAUGAGAGAGAAUCCAAAAUUGCUGAUACAGAUAGCUAUAUUUGCGUUCCUAGCAUACGCUGUGAUUUUGUCAUCGUUGAUCUUAACCGAAGUUUGAAAGCAGAGAGAUAGAAAGAAUUAUCCGACCAACAAACUAACGUUGUAAUUGUUCAAAUUAUCUCGGGUUUGGACUUUGGAUGGAUAGAGUGAAGAUGAAUUAGACACAUCUCAAACCAUUUUCUUUUCGUUUACUAGUGAGUUUAGGCACUUGUGUUAUAUUGAUAUUGCUCCUAUAUAUUGAAAAGUGAAAACGUAGAUACCGAGUUGAACAAAAAUUGGAUUCUUU